AAUCCUUACACAGCAAGUGUUUCAUUAUUUUAAUGACCUGUUGACUACCUGCUACGCACUCGUGUUGCUGUGGCAACCUGAAGCUCCGCCCACUGGACGCUUUAGUGAAAAGGGAGAAGUGCGCGCGCGGCCGUGUGACCGAGCCAGAGUCUUGUCUGUCUUGCGCUCGCGCCGGGACUGAGAGAAGAAGGAGGAGAAGAAGAAGAAGGAGAAGAAGAAAUAAAAAAAGAAAGAAAGAAAGAAAGAAAGAAAGAAAGAAGAAACAUGGAAUAACGCUUUUUUUGGAGUAAUUUCUGUCUUUUUUUAAUGUAACAAGGGAAGGGAUGAGAAGAGGCGCGCGCAUGGACCACAGCAGCAGCAUGUCAGAGUACAGAUGUGUUCUCUUCUCCUCUCACAGCCAUGUUUAAACUCUUCACAGCGGCGCUCUGUGUGCUCCUGACAGUGUCGGGUGUACGGGCAGACGGACAGCACGAGCUCGCUGCACCACGAGAUGUUCAUUUCCACUCGGUGAAUCUGAGGAACACGGUGCGCUGGAGCUCAGGAACGGCCGACGCCCGCGGCACCACCUACACGGUGGAGUACGCAAUAUACGGCGAUGCUGUGGAUGUGGAAGGAACCGAGCAGGUGGUGUGGAGGCUGGUGGAGCAGUGCGACGACGUCACGCAGACAGACUGCGACGUGACGGAGCAGACGGACGAUACGGAGGAGGAAUACUACGCCAGAGUGAGAGCCAACGGGCCGAACGGGCGCUCGGAGUGGACCGAGACAGACAGACGGCUCAGGCUCACCGACACCAUUUUGGGACCUCCGCAGGUAAACGUAACCGUGGUGGAAAACAUCCUGCACGUCAAGCUGAGCGGACCGUUCCGAUGGAGGAACCCCGGAAAGAAGCGCCAGUCCAUGUUUAACAUCUUCCCUCACAUGUUCUACAAUGUCAGCGUGUACAACAACAGCAGCAAACACACGCAGUCUUUCCGGCAGCCGAAAAAGCUCCUGCAGUACGGCCCACUGGAGUACGGCUCAGAGCACUGUGUGCGGGCGGAGGUUCUCUCAAGCGCCCUCCACCUUACCACCGCGCCGUCGGACUGGAUCUGCGUCUCCAUCGCUGACGACCCGUUUAAAUCUCAGAUGCUGCUUCUGAUAUUAGGAGGAGUCGUUCCCACCGCUAUAUGCCUGUUUGUUUUAGCCGCAGUCGGAGGUUUCGCUUAUUACUACAUCUGCGGUCACAAACCCAGGCUGCCCAAGAGCGUGGACAUUCAACAGGACGCGAACAUGGAAAGGAAAUUCCAGACGUUCCAGCCGGAGAAACAUCUGGCCAGCAUAAACGUCAUCAUCAUCAACAACACCAACCUGAGCACGGGGGAGACGAAACGCAGUUUCCUUGACUCAUGUCAUCGCGGUGUCGACGUUCCAGAGCGCUCGCCAGUUGCUGUGGUGAGGGACACAACAGGAGCACCUUACGCAGUGCAGAACGUCAGGGAUACAUCAGCAGAAGCUGGAGAAGACCUACAAAGCCGUCGCAGCUCUCUGAGUGAAGGUUACGGCUUUGUACAUCAGGAGGACAGGAGCCAGGUCGCCAGCUGCCCGUAUAACCCCCAAGUGGCGCCGCUCGGUGUGGGCGGAGUCAACUUGUACAUGGCACAGGCUGGACAGACAGAACCAGCACAGGACAGAUAUGAAGAAGAAGAAGAAGAAGAAGAAGACAGUGAGAUACAGACGUUUUGUAACUGGGACCCAGAUACCGGCCAUCUCCAUCUGGACUUCCCUCUGCUCAGCAGGUUCGACUCGGACACCCCGGAAACCACAGACAUGCAGACGAGCGUAGACACGGCGCUGCUCGUACGCUAUCCUGUCCUCACCAGCGUAGUGCUCAAGCAGGCUUCGAUGGAGAGCGGAGACGACGACCCGCUCCUGAAGAUGGAGAAAGACUGGGACCUGCAGGUCCAGAGCACCGCCGAGUAGAUUCCACAAACACCCGUUUGAUCCGUCACUCCAGGAGAGUAUUAAACACCCAACACCCAGCGUUCCUAAUGUUGGUGAUAUUGAUGAAGCCCCAAACGCCGUUCUCAUGAAUGAAGAGCCUCCUGAUGGACAUCACGUUUUUGGCUUUAGAUGCACACACGCUUUUAUUUCUCCGAAAUAUAAAAUAUGUUUGAGAAAGUGCAUGUUUUUUGCUCAUUACAGAAAUUCAGCCAAGUGAAACAGAGACAGGGUAAGACUCUAACAGACAGAUAGAUAGACAGACAGACAGAGCGAGAGACAAACUGACCGAGAGAAAAAGAGAGAGAAAGAUGGACAGAUAGAAAGAGAGACAGAGAUGAGGGAGACUGACAGAGACAGAGACAGAUAGAGACAGAGAGAGAGAGAGAUGCAGAUAGACAGGAAGUGACAGAGAGAUUUUAUUAUCGAAUUGAGCCAUAUACAGUAUACAGUAGUGUUAUAACAUGAUCACUGAACAGCAGUGCACGAUGACAAUAAACACACAGUAUGUUACACACUCAGGGACAAGAUUAGCUUUAUCGUUUCAUUUAAGUGAGCUCUGCUUACGUCUUAAUUAAGAUAUUUUAUACAUUCAUACGAACACUUAGAACACAACAAAUAUACAAUUAAACAAAUAUCAGACCAAAAAAAGUAUAAAUAUCACAUUAUUAUACGAACAAAUGAUAUUAUUAUACGUUAUUUUUGCCCUCGGGUAAAAAUAAUCCAUUGUUAAUGUGUGAUUGUGUGAUUAUGAUGUACUGUUGUGUGAAAAGCAUUUUCAGUAUAUUUAUCAUUAUUGUAUUAUCUCUUAAUUAUUAUUAUCUUCUCAUUGAAUGUGAAAAGUUUGUAAGCAGGGAAAUGCUUACAUGUUGAAGAGAUUUUUAUUUUUUUGUGAUAUGAAGGAUUUGUGUAGUAUUUUUAUUAAAAGUUAAAUCUGUCUUUUUUUCUUCACUUUGGACGUAUAAGAUGACAGAUUGCUAACUUUUGAACUCAGUAUAAAUGAUGAAGUACACUUGAAUCAUAAAGACGACCAGAAAAUAAACACAGUAGAUAAUCAAAGACUGGACAGAAAAGUGUGUGGCUUGGAAUAGCUGUUCAUUUGUUCAUUCUGAUCCAGAUGUUUAAGUUCUCCUGCGCGCUUUGUCGCCACCUAGUGGCCAUGGAGAAGCUUGCUCUGGGGUACAGAACUAAGCUUACUCUAUAGUAGAGUUCUUGUAGAAUUUUAACGGAUUUUCUACGCUCUAGAUUUUUUCUUUUUUUAAAAAAGUGAACAAUGUGUAUUAAGAGGAAAAGCUGUAACUUCUUUCUUUAUACUUUAUUUUUGUUUACUUGCCCCCCUUCCUCCUUUCCUUCCUCCCGUCCUCAUGUUCUUUCUUUUUUUUUUUUUUUUUUUACAGAAUAUAGGUUUGAUAUAAAUUAGGUCAAACGUGAAGCAUCCAGAAUGAAACAUAGGAACAUAGGAAACAUAGAAGCUUUUAAGGGAAAUAUAGAAACUUUUUCUUUGAGGGAAAUAUAGAAGCUUUUAAGGGUAAAGGCAAAGCUUUUAAGGGAAAAAUAGAAGCCUGCAAGAAGUCAAACAAAUAAUAAAUUUUAAAAAAGCUAUAUGUUAAACUAAUAGCGAGUUUCAUAAGCACAACUAAUUAGGUAACAUUCUAGCUAGUUAGAAGUUAUGAUAAUAUAAGUUAUCUGCUUAAUAGGAAUUUAGCUACUGCAGCUAAAAUAUAUGAAAUUCAUAUUAAAAUAUUUUUCUAUAUAUACAAAAUAAUUCAGUACUUAUAUACAGUAGUUUACAGCUUUUUGGAGGAGGGAAUGCAGCACAGAAUGUAAAAAAAAAAAAAAAGAAGAAGAAGAAAAGGAAAAAUAAGAAAAAGAAACAAAGACAUUGUGUGAAAUCUAAAAAAGAAAAGUAAAAUGAAGACAGAAACUAUAUAUGCAUAGAGAAAUGUAUUUAUAUCAUAUAGACAUGUAAUUACACACAUAGACGUGUACAUACACACAUUUAAAAAAGAUGCAGUUGUAAUACAGUAAACGGUGUGA